AUGGCAAAAUUGUAUCAUGUUUUCCUUUUUAUCAUUUUAGUCGUAAUCAUACCUACAUUAGUGAAUGCUAAUGUCAAAGAGCAAGACUCAUAUUGGGAUAAUAUAUUUCCAUUUAUUAAUGAUACAUAUUGGCGGGAAAAAGCAGCAGCUGCUGAAAAAGCAAACAAGAUGGCUUAUACACAUGAUCCAUAUGCAGUCUCUGAAAACAUGACUUCUAUAGUUAGCGAGAUGAUAGUUGACGGCAAUACAGGAAGAAGGAAUUUAGGGGGGCAAAAAAUGGGAAAAGGUCGUCCAUGUAUGGCUACAAACCCCACUGACAGGUGUUGGAGGUGCGAUCCUAACUGGGCAACAAACCGCAAGAAGCUUGCUAAUUGCGUGCAAGGUUUUGGUAGGAAGACUACUGGUGGAAAAGAUGGUCCUAUCUACGUGGUAACUGAUCCCUCAGAUAAUGACAUGCAAUAUCCACGUCCAGGUACCAUUCGACAUGCAGUUACAAGAAAUGGUCCUUUGUGGAUCAUUUUUGCUCAUAGCAUGGUCAUUAAGCUCAAUCAGGAACUCAUAAUGACAAGUGACAAGACCAUUGAUGGUCGAGGAUCUAAUGUUGUCAUUGCUAAAGGUGCUGGUUUGACUAUUCAAUUUAUUAGGAAUGUGAUCAUCCAUGGGAUCAAAAUUUUUGACAUCCAGGGUGGCAGUGGAGGGCUUAUUAGAGAUACUGAGAACCAUUUUGGUUUAAGGACUAAGAGUGAUGGUGACGGAAUUUCAAUUUUUAGCUCAAGCAAUAUUUGGAUUGAUCAUGUUUCCAUGAGAAAGUGCAAAGACGGACUCAUUGAUGUCAUUAUGGGAUCUACUGCUAUUACCAUUUCCAAUUGCCACUUCACAGAUCAUAACGAGGCGAUGUUAUUUGGUGCAAGUGAUGGUUAUUAUGGUGAUAAGAAAAUGCAAAUUACACUUGCAUUCAACCACUUUGGUAAGAGAUUAAUCCAAAGAAUGCCAAGGUGCAGAUAUGGUUUUAUCCAUGUGCUUAACAAUGACUACACUCGUUGGGAAAUGUAUGCCAUUGGUGGAAGCCAACAUCCUACCAUUAUAAGUGAGGGUAACCGAUUCACAGCCCCUAACAACCCUAAUGCAAAAGAGAUAACAAAGAGGGACAACACUCCAGAGUCAGAAUGGAAAAAUUGGCAAUGGAGAUCAAUCAAUGAUGUCUACCUGAACGGAGCAUUUUUCGUACAAAGUGGACCUGCGCUAACUAACAGACCAUUCUCAAGAAAGGACAUGAUCAAAUCUAGACCCGGAACUUAUGUGGGAAGGCUUACUCGUUAUUCUGGAAGCCUUAGAUGUAGAAAGGGGAGCCCUUGUUAG